CUGGGAAAACCGCCUGCACCCCGGCAGGCGCUGACGAGGCUGCACACCUCCUGCGGGCACCCUCCGCUCGAUGAGCGAUGCGUCUACGAUGUCGGGAGGUCUGGAUGACAGCCAGCAAGUGUGGACGUCCAUGAAGAUUUACUUUCCGAUCCUCGGCGGUUCAUUGAUCGCGUUUGAAUGGGUGCGACGCCACUCGACGGCGCGGCCGCUCUACGCGUGCCGCGAUCGGUCUCCCGCUUAUGCAUGUCCCGUGGGCUUCCCCAUGUUGAACGAUCGGUUUGGCCGAUGGGUGCUCCCGGCGCUUCGUGUGUCGGACGAUGAGAUCGUCGACGCAUGUGGCCUCGACAGCCUGUGCUUGUUGCGAUUCAUUCGACUUGGGCGCAAGGUUGCCAUGUGUGGAAUCAUCUUGUCAGGUGUACUCUUCCCCGUGUACGCGACAGCGCAGUGGACUCGCAACGACGUGAGCACUCUCGAACGCAUCGCGGUCAACAUCUUGCGCGAGAACGACCAUCGCUUUUGGGCCGCGGUCGUGGCCAUGUAUGUUGUGUCGGCGUACACGUUGCACUUACUUCAUCGCGAGUACAAGGAUUUUGUCGCGCGGCGCCACCAUCUUCUGAGCCAGCCCCACGUGCAGCAGUAUAGCGUCGUCAUUCGCGACCUGCCCAAGCAGCUUCGAACGUGCGAAAGCCUGAAAAAGUACCUGAACCACUUGUUCCCGCAUGCAAUCCACAGCGUCGUUGUGGCAGUGGACUGCAAACCCCUGGAGAAACUGGUGGCCAAACGAGAGCACUGUCGACGACAGCUCGAGCGGGCCCUAACGCAGUACGCCAGUCAGCCGCAGCAACACCGACAUCGUCCCGUGCACAUUGUCAAGAGCCGAGGCACGACCGUCGAUGCGAUCGACUACUUUGGCUCCAAGCUGGAAACGCUCAACUACCGCGUCGCCACCGACGUCGACAACCUCGAGCUGCGACAGAAGCACUUGUACGAAGCCAUGGCGGACGACUGCCUCAUCGAUGCUAGCUGCGUUUCCGAUCCUGGCAUCGAGCGAUCGCAAAGCGGCGAUAUCCAUCCAAGACACUCGACGAGGUCUGGUCCAAUGCAAGUCCUGCCGGCCACCGCUUCUCGUCAUGUCAUCGAAACGAAGAGCCUCCUUGCCCUCAUGCACCCGACGGCGUUUGUCACGUUUCGAACGCUCCUGGGGGCCCACAUGGCCCAGCAACUCCUCCAAACGUCCAAGCCGACGAAAAUGGUGAUCGAAGCCGCUCCCAGCGCCGCCGACAUCAUUUGGGAAAACCUCGGGCUCAAGAUCCACAUGCGCAACACACUCAAGGUCGUCGCGCGGUCCGUCACAAUCGGGAUCGUCGUGUUUUGGACGGUGCCGUCGACGGUCGUGACCUCAUUUUCGUCGGUGGAGUCGCUGCAGAAACUCGUCCCUUCUCUGGGCCCGACAUUUGUCAAGUACAAGUGGCUCGAAGGGCUCUUCAAGCAGCUCGCCCCCCUCGGCCUCGCCAUCAUGACAGCGCUCGCCCCCGUCAUGUUUUUGUGGAUUUCGCGGCGCGAGGGCCACCUGUCCGAGUCGCAAGUGCAAACAGCGCUCCUUCACAAGCUCGUGUACUUUCAAGUGAUUCAGAUUUUCGCCGUGUCUGUGAUCGUCGGGUCGGUGCUCGACAGCCUCGGAGCCCUUGUCGACAACCCCGUCAGCAUCAUCACGAUGCUGGCGAAAGCGAUUCCGGCCCAGGCCGCCGCCUUCACGUCGUACCUUGUCGUCAAGACCAGUCUAACGUUGGUCGUGGAGCUCUUUCGAGUCGGCCCCGUCCUUGUGGGCAUCUUGUACAACCUGCUGGCCCCGAAAACGACUCCCCGCGACCGCGCGUCAGCAUGGUGCGGCCUCUCGCCUGCGUCCGAGCCCGGCGUCGUUCCCCACAGCCAAAUCUUGCCCGACUACUUUCUCGCGAUUCUCUUGACGCUCACCUUCUGCCCCAUGUCGCCCAUCUUGUGUUACUUUGCGUUCGUGUACUUUGCCGUGAGCGACGUCGUGUUCCGCCGCCAGCUCUUGUUUGUGUACGACCCGGUGGUCCACUCGACGGGGUUGCCGUGGCACCCGCUCUACAACUUUGUCAUUAGUGCGCUCGUCAUUGCGCAGCUCACCUUGCUUGGCGUGCUCUCGCUGAAGAAAGCGCCCGGUCCCGUCGUCGCCGCCGCCAUCCUUCCCAUCCUCACCUUCCUCGCGCAUCUCAACAUUCUCAGUUUGUACCCGCGCACCGCGAAAUACCUCCCCCUCCUCGACUGCGUCCGUAUCGACCGCGAUCGGCGGCAUGGACACCACAUCAUGGACUUCCCCGUACACCAGUAUGUUCAGCCAGCCAUGCUAGCCAAGGCCCCCGUCCACCCCGAGCACCCACACGAUGCUCACUCGACAACCCCCGACUGGAUUGCCGCCCCAACGUCGACCCUCGCGGACCAAAGCGAUGGUGUGGGAGAAUAUUUUCUAUGCUCCCAUUAAUGCGAGUCUGUCCACGGACUAUGCCUUCCCUCCAUACACGUACCCAAGGCUAGCCAUGAUGAUGGCGCUCCCUCGUAUCCCUUGUCGACGUGCUAUAGCAUCGCGAGAAUGCGAGUGGACAACGGCAUGUUUCAGAUGCGACGGGGGGAAUGUGCAAGGCGCGAUGGUCGUGGAAAGCGCCUGCCGGGGGAAGGAACCCCAACCGGGAUCGCCGGUGUGCGCAACAUGCUUUCACGACAGAUCGUAUCGAAUAACCUGACAACGACGCAUCGGCUUUCCAACCACGUGACGAGUUUUGAAUGAGCGGAUGGAGUCAAAGGUCGCGAAUAAAGUCGACGCCGUACGUGAUCCGCGGCCGCGCCGUGUCAACGUCGGCAAUGGUCACCGUUGUCGUCGUGUCUCCCAUGUCGACGGCCCACACGAGGGUGGCCGAGUCCAGCGUCGCGAUCAAUCUGCGCUUGUACACGCCGUAUUCCAUCCAGAGCGUCGUCCCGUUCAAACUCACGACGACCGCGCCAUAGUACGCUGGCGACUGCACCGCGUGGUACGUGCCAACGAGGGCCGCUUUCGUCGCGUUCGGGAUGGUGACGCCGGGAAUGUCCCACGGGAUGCCUUGAUAAAAGUACGGAUCACACGCCGACGGACGAAACAACUUGUCGACUUGGGCGAGGGACGCUUGGAAUUGACGGUCCAGCUGCGCCGGGGGGAUGUCCAGGAAGACGCCAAGGAUGUAGGUGCGCAUGAGGUCGAUGGUGGCCAUGUCGCGGGGGCGUCCAGUAAACGAUUGCGCGUUGGCCACCAAGAUGACCCCGACGCCGUGCGCCGGGAGCCAUCCCGUUCGUGUGUGAAACGAAAACGUGUCCCCGCCCUUGUCGACGUACUGGUGGCCAUGCAUGAUGUCCCCAACCACGUCAAAGCCGUACCCGGCCGUGACGGCGUCGCCGUCGGGCACGAAUUCAUACCCGCUGAUCGUGGCAAACUCGACCGGCAACGGCACGACGCUGUGGCCCGUGAUCAGGUCGGCAAUCACGGCGGGGGACUUCAUCAGGCUGCCGCCCUUGCGCAUUAAAAACUCGGAAAACUUGGACAGGUCGGCCGCCGUCGACAAGAUGGACCCUGCGGCGGCGUAGUGGUCGCCGGGCCGGAGCAUCACCCGGGACGAGUUGGUGACAUCGAACGGACCGAGGACUUGUCCAUUGCAGUGAAAAUGCCCCCCCGAGAUGCUCGAGCGACUGUCCUGUGCCCGUCCGACUGUGUUGGUCAUGCCGAGGGGCGUCCAAAUCGCCCUGCGCAUGUACUCGUGCCACGGCUGGUUUGUCACCGCCUCGAUCACUUGGCCGAGAAUCUCGUAGUUCAGGUUGCUGUACGCAUACCCCGGACGGACCUGCCGCGUUGUGUUCAAAUGGCGAAGCGCGUGGACAAGGUUCUUCUCGGUGAGAUACACCCCCGUUGCGAUCACGUCGUCGCCUUCGUAAUCGCCCAAGACAGAGUUCAUGGCGGCGAGGUCGGCAAGGGUCGUGAAUUGCGUCGCAUACGCGUCGGCGAAUUCAAACCACGGCAAGUGCUGUUGCACCGAGUCGGUCCAGGUCAGUUUGCCUUCGUCGACCUGAACGAAUACCCUGCAUGAACCUCCUCCGCAUCUACGGCACACGUACAAGGACAGCGAUGGCCACGGCGACAAACGUUUUCGAGAACGACCCGACUUCGAAGAGCGUGUGUGGGGUCACGACCGCCUUGCGGUUGCCGUGCUACGCAGGAGCGUAUGACGAGACGCCGCUACACGCAGCAAAUACCUCGGCAAGGCCAAACCCUUGGGCAAGCACAGUUCGAUUCGCGUACACCACCGACAGCGCAAGGCCGGGCGCUGGAAACGUGCUCAUUUGACGAUGCACAAACGCAAUGGUGCGGGUAACUUUGUCCUUGAUGCAGGUGAGGUCGCAAGCCGCGAUGGCCUGCGAGAGUGCAUCCUCGGACGGGGUAGCCGCGUCCUGUACGUAUAGUUUUGCCUGCGGCAUCCACACAACUCGAUCGUCGAACCGCACGCCGUGAAUGGCGGUGGCGACCAGCGUCGCGAGCAGCAAGCGGCGUAGCAUCGGUCGAAUUCCCACCGUGCCUUCGAUGGGAUCUACGUACAAUUCGAGUCGAUCGCAAGUUCGUGAGUUGGUAUAAAAUAACGAAUGCGGAU